UUGUGUCAGAAAGAUUUGAUUGCGGCAACGUAAGAGUUUGGCCGCCCCACUAGGGCGUCAACUUCGAAGACAAGAGUUGAUGGAUAUUUGAAUAUAAAACAUAUUCAGGCGCAUGUAAGAUAUACCACCGUGUUAAGAUUGUGAACAUGUAUAGCCUACCAAGGACUGGUUGAUAUGUCCGUAGGACAUGAUGUGGAUCUAUGUUGGGAAUCUACGUAAACAAAUAUAUAUGCCAUAGUAACACGCUUGACUAGGUGGACCUGUACAGCAUGACCAGACUGGAUCGUUAUCAGUUCGUGAUAUAGUUGGAUAGUAACUUUUUUUUUUCAUAUAUCUGAUCGUACUUCUGACUUAUCGCUUCGUGUGUGGAUAUAUCAAUAGAUGAUGUUUUCUGUCCCAUGUUUUAGUUGUGAACGUAACAAGGGGAGAGGUGUGAAUUGGUUCGUAACAUUUUCCCAUCUAAGUUUUAGGAAUGCCUGGGCAUUACAUUUUAACUGCAGUAGUUAUUCCUGUGAUCCACUAACAGUAUCAAGAAACUACCAUUGUGACGAAUUUUAACCAAGGACCUGAAUUCUGAAAGCAUCCAACAUUGACACACAUUUGAUAUACAUCGAGAAUUAUUCCAAAGCUUCCGGAAAUAUGGUAAAUUGGGAAUAAAUCAACUAAGUUGACAUCUUCAUUGCUUUAUCUCAGUCGCCAUAGAUUUUCAACAACAAAUGAGCAACUUUCUUUGAAAAAAAGUCAUAUAAGAUCUUUAAAUCUAAUAGAUUGAAAUUCUAAGAUUAACACAUUAUUAAAAAUUCGGUUCUACUGAUUUUAUGUAGCAUCUUAUGUUGUGGGCAGUAGUGCUUUUCGAUUUAAAUUGAACAUAUAUUUUCCAAAAUUGUUCUAUACUUAGUAUAGACCCUUUGAAUAAAAUAUUGAAUAAAAUUUAUUUGUAAAAAUAAAAAUACCGAGAUUUCACCUUUUACUCGAUGAUUAAGAAACUCCAAAUCCAUUUCCGGAUAAAUAUAUAUGCAUCUAUGUUCAAUGGAUGACUUGACCUAGCCUCCUUUGUGAGAAGGGCAGAGAACUCACAAGAAAACUCCAUAAAAGACUAAAAAUGGGUGUGAAGAUUUUGCAUAAAAACUUGCUGACAAUGGCGGUCGUGUGUAUGAGUAUACUCGAACUGGCCUGCCUGCAGUUGAAUGUCCGAGCAGCAGACAACGAAAAGGAAAGUAUAAUAGUGUCCGCCUGCAAUUUGACCAACGGACGAAACCAGAGCGCUGUUUGCACUUGCCUCCCCAACUCCAAAGAGAUACUGUGUGGCAAGCGGGAGCCUCCCCUGAGGGUCGUUCCUAGGAACUUCUUGGUCACUGUGGAAGUUUUGGACCUGUCUGCUAACGCACUGACGGUGAUAAAAGACGAUUCCUUUGUCUCUCUGGAAAGUUUAAGGACACUAUAUCUACAGAAUAAUUUGAUUUCAGACAUACAGCCGUCGGCGUUCAGAAAUCUGUUCAACUUGUCAAUACUAAAUUUAGAGAAUAAUAAGCUGACCAGACUGGAUCCUUCGCAGAUAACGUUCCAGCAUCUACCUUCACUCACCAGACUGAACCUCCAGAAUAACGAGAUUCAGUUCAUCAAGAUGUGGUCCUUUAUAACUAUGGGAUCUCCCGGAUCAACAGUUACAAUACAAUUCGAAGGGAAUCCUGUCAUGUGCAACUGUGAGGUUUUUGGUAUACGGAACUGGCUGGAGAAUUUGACCACACAUACUGUAGUCAUAGACAAGUUAGUAUGCAAUGAUGACCAACAAAAGAGACUUUUUAAUGACACCAGCUUACGCUAUAACUGCAAACAGACUCCACCCGUGUCUGGCAACCUCAACAGAAACAUCUCAGUAAGGAGUGCUCAAAAAAAUAAGGACAAGGGAAACAACAAUGCGAAUUUUUCAAAGUACGAAAAUAGCAAAGACAAGACUAAAAGGGGCAAUAAAACCUCACCAGAAGAUGAUGGAGUGUAUGUGGAAGGAGAGCGUAGUACUGCUGAUGACGUAAGCUACACUAACUAUCCAUGUCACGUGUGCAACAAGGAGAGGACGGGCCAUGCAUGUGAUCAGAACCCCCGAACGUAUUGUCCUGAAUCAGAGAAGAUGUGCCGCAGGGAGUUCAUCUGGAACAACGCAGACAAGACCAUGUCUAUAUCCAGUGGUUGCAGCAGCUAUGAAGUGUGCCUCAAGGACCAGGUGAACAACAGCCGAGACUGCAUCAUCAACUACGAAGGCGUCAUCCGAUGUAACUUCUGCUGUCUCGGACCAACCUGUGGGGAGCCCACUGGAGGUCGGACCAAAGACUUGGUGUUUAUAAUCACUUAUGUAAAGAGGGCAUAUUUUAAUGAGACCUAUAUGAAGGAUCCCAACUCUUUGCCUUUCAAAGAGGAACAGAAACGAAUUUCAGAAGCUCUGAGAGAUGAUCUGAACGAUUUUAGAGGUGGCCUAGAUAUUUAUGUCUCAAGAUAUGAACAAAGUGAAGCCCAAGUAGCUGUUCAACAGAAACAAGUUCGUGUGUUUUUAGAAAUUGAUGUUACAGUUCUCAGCACCAUGGAGGACCAAACAGUUAGGACUGAUCUACUACAAGCGAUCAGCAAUAGUGUGUCGAAUCCCAAUGGAUUUUUCCAAAAAGAAAACAUUGAGGAUGAUUCAUUGUACCUUGGUUUUUCAGAUAGCCCUCCCUGCCAAGCAGCGAAUAUUACAACGUCAAAAGGAAUUUUCUUGUGGCCGAAUAGCUAUGUGGGUCAAGUUCGACAUGUACAAUGUCCCAGCAACACCGCCAGCAUUGCUAUGUUUGCUUCUAGGGCAUGUAAAAAAUCCAAAGAUUUGUCUGGUGAAUGGGAGAAUAUGAAUGACAGCAAUUGUUCAGAGUUGUAUUAUGGGGAUACAAGUAAAUACACAACAUCAAGACUUACUGUCAUAGUCAACUACACCAUCAACCCUGUUGUCACCCGCACCUCACCUGUGAACCCAGUGGUCACCGCAACCUCACCUGGUAACCCAGGAAACACUCAGAACACAACUUUAAUUCCCGGAGAAACGGAUGCCUCUUUCACCGGUACAACAACUGUGGGAAGCUCAACUACAGGCAGCAACACUACAGAAGAUCCAUCACAGCAAGCCUCCAACCUGCUCCUUGAAAUUUUAAAUGUCAAAAACUUUACAACUGAGAUGAUGCACAAGUUUGUGACCAUAUUGGAAAGCCUGACCACCCAAGACAGUUUGUCCAGACCUGGUGUGCUGUCCAAUGUUGCCCACUCAGUCAACCACUUAUUUAAUGUGGAUGAAAAGAAUCUUCAUGAAGCAGAGCUAGUAAUGAACACUUCCUCCAGGCUUCUGCUAGUCAUUGAACACAUUCCAGAAAGAGGGCCUCUCGUCAAAGGUGUAAUGAAUGAAGUGACCCCAAACUUAGCCUUCGUUGCUCUAGCUGUUGAUGAAAAUGAAUCUCGUCAUGUCCAGCUCGUUGCCGCCACACAGCCAUCAAGUGAACUCAAUGCAAGCCAGAUCCAAGUUGGCUAUUUAAAUGACCUGACAAGUACAGAACCAAACUGCACCACCAUAACCAUACCUACAAGAGCUUUGAUCAAGUCUCUGCCAUCCAUUCAAAAGCCUCUGCUAGAAAGAGUAGCUUUCUCAGUCCAUCAAUCAAAUAAGUUGUUUGAGACUAUCAACAAAGCCAAAACAUCCUCCACUACCAGCAGUGAUGGCCCUGCAAGCAAUAAGUCUGUGGUGUUGAAAAUCAACAGCAACGUCAUCUCAGCCAGUAUCCCAGGGGUCAAAGUUCAGAACCUGUCUGAGAACAUCACCCUAACUUUCAUGCACAGUGAGCUGAAUUCAACGAAUCCUUCCUGUGUGUUCUGGGAGGAGUCGGACAAGCUUCCCAGAUGGUCAUCUGAGGGGUGUGGUGUUGUGGAGACCACUGACACACUGACAGUCUGCGGCUGCAACCAUAUGACCAAUUUCGCUUUGCUUAUGGAUGUGUACCAGUCAGGAUUACAGAUCAGUGAGUUGGACAAGAAAAUCUUAUCCAUAAUUUCCUAUGUCGGCUGUGGCAUUUCCUUGGCUGCCCUCUUGUUGACACUCAUGACCUACACUUUCUUCAGGCCGAUCACACAAUACAAUCUGUCUGACCAAACACACAGCAAGAGGAAACUGCGGAGAGACAACCCUUCCAAGAUUCUCAUUAACCUGUGCCUGGCUCUAAUGGCCUCCAAUUUGGUGUAUCUGGUGGGCAUGCAGGAUUACACAUUUUCCGACAUGGCUUCUUGCAAAGCUGUGGCAGUAUUGCUUCAUUAUUUUCUUCUGUCUUCCUUGAUGUGGAUGGCGGUGGAAGCGUUUUACAUGUACCUGGCCCUGGUUAGGGUUUUCAAAACAUAUUUUACUAACUUCAUACUCAAAUGUGCCCUUGUUGGCUGGGGGAUACCUUUGAUCAUAGUGGUCAUAACACUGGCUAUCAAUACAACAGACAAUUAUGGCUUCUUGAACAGUGGCUUGUGCUGGCUCCACAACCCAGCUUUCUAUGCAGCAUUUGUUGGCCCUGUGUGUGCUAUUCUGUUGGUCAACUUCUUGGCUUUUGCCCUGGUCAUCAGACAGCUAAUGAGCAUGUCCAGCAGCAAGCUCAACAAAAGUGACACUAACAGCACAGUCCAGCGUCUCCGAGGAGCUAUAGGAGUUGUUAUACUGCUUGGACUUUCCUGGAUAUUUGCAAUAUUUGCCAUAGACCAAGCCAGCGUUGCCUUCUACUAUUUGUUUGCUAUAUUCAACUCAUUGCAGGGCCUGUUUAUCUUCAUCUUCUACUGUCUACUGAAAAAAGACGCCAUGACUGCCUGGAAGAGUUUGUUCCCUUGCUUUGAGGAGUACAAAGAGAAGUCUUCGUCUCACAGCAGAACCAAAAGUCUCUUUACCUCGACCACAAAUCAUCAUGGAAACAAAAACAGACUCUCAGUGGUGACCUUGAAUGGAACCUCCACAUCCACACUUCCACCAGAUUCUAGGAAAAAUUCUUAUCUCAAUGACCAUUAUGCUGAGAACAAGAUAGAUUUGACUGAUAUCAACAUUAACUGCAGAAAGAUUAGCUUUGCGCCAAACCCCACCAUCCCAGAGUACACUCUGCCAGAGUCGCCUGUACUCUAUGACAAAGAGCUGUCCUAUGCUGAGACACCAUCGUUGUCUUACGAUGAAGUGACAGACCCUUCAGAUGCAUUCUCUGAUGUCCUGCAUUCCGAUGAUGUCUACACUGAGAUAAAACAGAGUGAUAACUCUAGUGACCUGUAUUCGGAAACAGCCUAUCCUAAAUCUAAUCACACAGAUGAAUACAGUUAUGGUUUUGAAAGUAGUCCUUCUGUUACUGGCCCAGCUAGAAACCACCACCAUUCAGACCAUGCAGUAGUGAGACCUUCAACUCCAGUGGUCCAGAAAGUUUUCACAGAUGAUACCACCAAGAGAAGUCCAGUUGUUGGCAUCAAAUAUGCUGAAAAUGAUGAUGGUCUGAAGACUAUAAUCCCAAGGCCUACUGUGGAAUAUUUUGGGAAAAGCAACAAAGUUGCAGUCAAUGAUAGACAGAGCCCAAGGCUUGCUGACUACAGUCAAAGCUACAGGCCUGUUGUCCAUGAUGACAUUAGUGACCACAGUUCUGUAGUGGAAGUGGAUGGAUACACUGAAAAUGCUGUCGCAGAAAACGCAUCAAAUAACAGACAAUUGCGAGCAGAUGGAGAGAUAGACAACAGCCACAUUGACCCAGUACAGGUGAUCAAACUCAAGUUUGAGAGAACCUUCAGUGACACGUCAGACAAUGAGAAAUCAAACAUCUAGAAGUUGAAACAUUUUCGACACUGCAGGAACUCUGAAACAAAACAAAUCAUUACUUUGAGAAUUUGAUCUGCUCUGGCCCUUGUGUAUAUUUCAAACAUUUUCCAAGUUAUUUGUAUAGAAUUUUUUCCUGUGUGCCUUGGUUUGAACUGUUAUGUUGAGGGAAUUCUUGAUGUAACCUCUGUAAUAUAUAAGCUAAUUAUUCUAUUAUUAUUUGCUCUCAAAAACUGUAAGGAAACCUAGAAAUAGUUCAUUGUUUCUACAUUGUGGCCUAAUUUAGAAUAGACCUGUUGUUUUCCAGCUAUUCAAUGUCCUGGCAUGUUAGAGAUUUCUUGGUUGAGCAAUGUUGCUGGACACUGUCCACUGGAAGCUGUAAGAAAUCUAAAUUAGAGAGAGUGUGGGUGUGUAAGUAAAAGCUUUCAGACCAUGCAAUCUAUGGGGCAGAUGAUGUUAAAAUCAUCUGUUUCUGUGACCCACUGUUAACUAGGGUAUCAUGUGGUCAGCACAACAAGCAACAAACCAAGUAUGGUACACAUUAGAGUCGGGUGGACACAGGAGCACCCAAAAUUCAAAAUACCAUUCUUUGAACCCUAGACUCCUCGGUUUUGAAGCCAAGUGCUUACUCAGCCACAACGCCCCUGAAAAUCCCCAAAAGUCAUUUAGUAUUCUGUGAUAGGUGCCAAACCUUGUCUUAAAUUUAGUUUUAUACAAGAAUGCAAGAAGAUUAGGGCAAAAAACAAAAAUUGCUUUAUACAGUGACAGGUCAUGUACAGUCCUGUUUAGUUUUAUACAGUGACAGGUCAUGUACAGUCCUAUUUAGUUUUAUACAUAUGUGUAUGGGAGUCUAAGCAUACAAUGAAAGACCAAUAAAUCUAGUGAUGGAUUUUAUUUUCAUUUCUGCGGACCAGACAUUUUGUGUAUUUAAAAAAAAAAUUGACUAAAUGCGAGAUAACUCCUAUGCUUCUGGUAACAACAUUCCUAGACAUGGAUGACUCCCAUGCUUCUUGUGUCAACAUUCCGAGGCUGCUUCGGACAGAAUGUGUUCAUAAGAUUCAUAGUAUUGCCAACCUUAGGCAGGUUGGGAACCUGGGAACUGGGUGGAAGAGAACACCAGUUCCAGUGCAUGUUCCUGUGACAUGUGGGUCUUGCUUCAAUAAUUUUGGUAGACAUCUUGUUCUUUGCCUGUGCUUCUAAUACAUGUAUUAAUCCACCACAAAGUUGAAUGAGGAUGUUUGAUGAUCCAUACGACUGGAGUUCCAUUGCAUCCCAGAAGUCCAGUCGUUGGCGUGUUGUGUUGUCAUAUAACUCUUGUUCCUUUGUUUUUAUCUGUACACUGCUAAACAAUCAUUCAUUCCAUCCUAGUCAACAUUUCAUCCAGUUGUCUAUAUUUUUGUUUGUUAUCUAGCUAAACUAUUACAUGACAUAUUUUAUAUCAUGACAGAGUUCUGAGUUCUUAUUAUCUUUAUUCUGGUGACCCAAACAUGACUAAUGUCAAUUUUUUAAUAUUUUUUUUUAAACCCUGUGAUGUAGAUAAAUGUAAGAUUGUAAUAUGAAUGUCUUGAAUGAUAAAAGUCUUUAUUCCCUAACUAUCCUAGCCUUAGUUUCUACUUGUUACCGUUACCGGUAUAUAUUACCAUUUUUUUUUUGUACUGAAACACAGCAGACAAUUGCUCACAGAGAAUAUUCGCGUAUAAUGUUUAGAAAUCUGCAAUCUGCAAUGUCAUUUCCCAGAAUAAUUAAUGACUAAUGAACCUAAAAUUUUAAUGAUAGAUCUAGUUAUGCUUAUUUGUAUAUAAAAAUGUAAAAGAUUUUUUGUUUACUUACUUUGAAGUCAAUGUUGUUUUAUUCAAACUUCUUUCAAAAUUAUGCCAUCCACUUUGCUUAUCUUUGAUUAUAUCAUUUUGGUUAUAAUAAAGUAUUUGUAAAAGCCCAUUGUCUAAAUUGACCAUCAAGAGGGGAAAUAAUCAGUUAAUGACCUAGUAUGUUAAUUAUGAAAAGGAUGUUGAGUUAGCAUUAAACUAGAGAAUGGCAUUAAAAAAAAUGUUUUCAACUUUGAAUGAUUUGUUGUUGCUGUUUGUUUGUUGAUAUAAAAACUAAUCAUUGUGGACAAGUGGAAGAUGUACAUUAAUGUUCUCAUUCAAAAAUCUAAUGUUCCAAACACAUUUUUAUGUUCCAAACACACACACACACACACACAUACUCUCACACACAAUUGCUCAGUUCACUGAAUAGUGAUAUGCAUUGUACAUCAAUUAAAUGCAAAAUGUGCAACACGAGAAUUAAGAAUACAUCUUUUUCUGUGCUUUGGAAAUGUCUUACAAUAUAUCAGUGGAUUAUAACAAUGACAAAAAAAAUAACACCCCAACAAAUUAGUUUAUAAUUUGUGCACAUUUUAUUUUCAAAGUUGUCUCCCUUGUAUCGCAGAGAAGCAUGAUUCGAAUUUUUUUUUAAGGGGGGGGGGGGCAGGUUUUUGUUUUACAUAAGUUAUUCUUAUUGACACUGUGUCAUACAAAUAUUUUAAAGUUUGGAGUAAAAGCCCGUCUCAAAUAGGUUUUUAAAAAUUGUAGUUUAUCAGGUUAAAAUGUGAGAUAGAUUGUUUUUGUUCUAAAGUUAUUUUUCAUGUAUGUAUUCUUUUCAUGUUGUUCCAUUCAUGUAUAUACAAUCACACCAGAUCUAGCAAAGAGAAAAAAUUUAGAUUUCCUUGACCUAAUAUAAGUAUUAUAUGGAAUAAUAUGGGCAGAUUAUGCAUUCACACCACAAGCUAUUGUAACAUCAAGGCUUGCGUAACUCAUUCUUUAUAUGUUCACAUGUUUAAUGGCACCCAUCCUUUUUGAUGAAAUCAAUGUCAAAACCUGCUAAUUAUAUUGUUUACAUCACCAAAAAUUUUUUUUUUAUAUACCCGGUAACGAGUAUUGGUCAAGGGAGUUAAUAUAUUUAUUAUAAUUAGACUUUCAACUAUGGUUACCUACCCAUUCUUUUUUUUUUGUUUAAAUAUGUAAUCUCUCACUAAAUUUAGUGAAGUUCAUUUUGUGAUGAAAUCUGUUAUGUACAUAUUUUUUUUCUUGUUUUCAAAUAUAUUGCUGAAUAAAUAUCCAAUAUGCUGUAAUUA